AUGGAAAAACUUGCGACAACUCCAGAACAAAUUGAAGAAACAAACCAUGUCAGCUUCAUUCUUCCUUCUAAAAAAUCAUUAGAAGGAUUAAGUAGGACUCCCUCUUUAAUGUCAGUUUCUUCUGAUAAUUUCACUUUAAAACAACCACAUUAUCAUGCUCUUUAUCAACCUUCAUGGCGUGAAAAAUUGGCUGUUGAGCUUGAUAAUACUGCUAUCGGUAGUAUCUGGAAAAUAGUGGAUGCUUUUCUCAACAUUUUAUUAUGUAUGAUUUAUAUAGCACAUACUGGUCAUAUGAUGAAAUCUUUGCCGCUGGUGAAUGUGUGCUUGGAAGUAAUAGUAUCAUUGCUGUUGAUAAUAGAAUAUGUUCCAAAAUUUUACAUUUAUGAAUUUGAAUCAUGGAAGUCAUUUUUCACUAGCCCUAUUCCACUCCUAACAAUCUUAACAGUCUUUCCUUGUGCUGCCACUGCUCAUGAUCCCGUAUUCCAAGAAACUCGUUACAUUGUAUUUUUUUAUCCUUUUCGAUUUAUUCGAUGCUAUUUAUCUGUAUAUGAUUGUUUAGUUAGAAGCGAGAAAUCUAUCAUCAAAAUUGGUCAAGUUACCAGUAGGGUAUUAAUCUUUUUGACAUCCAUCAUUUUUCUUGUAUUAACUGGAUCAACUUUGUUACAUGGUGUUGAAUAUGCAUAUAUGUAUUCUAUAUCUGAAUUGAUUAUUCUAAUACGUUCAAAAUCUAUUUAUGAUAGACCAUUCAGAAAAAUAUCACAACAACCCCAUGUCAUCAUCAUUGCUCCAACUAUAGAAUUACCCUCAUUAAAACAUUUUUUAAAGGAAUUUUAUUCAUUAGCGCAUGGUCUUGCAACCGUUAAUACAAAAGUAGUAAUUUUAAAUCCUGCACAACCAAAUGACCGUGUAAAGUCAUUUUUAUCAGAUCCUUUAUAUGCACAUCGUGUACAAUACAUUAGGGGUAGUUCACUCGAGUCGCGUAGCUUAAAAAAAGUAAAUGCAAAAAAAGCCUCUGCGUAUUUUAUUUUAGCCAAAAAAUUUACACAACAAAGCGAUACUAUUGAUGCAGAAAAUGUUUUAAAAGCAAUGGCAUUAAGUAAAUACGAUGAAGGUCCUAAACUUUAUAUUCAAUGUAUUCUUCCAGAAAAUAAAAUUCAUUUUGAAAGUUUAAAUCCUGAAUUAAUAUUAUGUAUAGACGAGUUAAAACUUGCCAUACUUGCUCACUCAUGCUUAACUCCUGGAUUUUCAACACUUUUAUAUGGUCUUACAACUACGUUCACUUAUGAAUCAACUCACGAAUUGAGAAAUAUUAAAAAAGAGUCAUCAUCUCGUUUGGAAAAUGACUAUAUUGAAGAUUAUAUCGAAGGCAUCUCUCAAUCUAUCUACACCACAACCCUAUCAAAUUAUUUUGCUGGUUCUACAUUUCAUGCUGUUGUUGAGGGCGAUUGUGACGGAGAUGCCAAGAACUAUAUGGUUUUAAUUAAUCCUGGAAAUUAUAUUGUAAAAGGUGACGAAGUUGGAUUUAUAAUUGCUUGUGAUGGUGCGCUGGCUGAAGGUGUUUCCAAUUAUGAAUGGCAUAAUUUGCAUGUUCGAAACAAUGAGAAUAUAUCUUCUGAGCCACAACAAAUUCCUUCAGAAAGACAACCAUUAUUGUCAUCCGACACGUUGAAAAAUAAUAACGGUGGCUCAUAUUAUGAUAUAAAGAAAAAAUCGGGCCGUCCUACAAGCCCUGAUAAAACCCAUCACGAAUAUCCUUACAAACCAGAUACUAUUACACGUCAUCAACGCGCGCUUUCUACCCCUCUUGCUUUUGCAUCAGACUUUGAUCAUAAACAACAUUACAAGCAGCACCAUCAUCACACUAUAGAUCCCUCUUCCUCCUCAUCAAAUGCUCUUGAUAGCGAACACAUAAAUUUAAUAUUGGAUACAAUCAAUGAACAUAUCCUCUUGUGUGAUUAUUCAACUGCAACUUUUCCACGUAAUUUGGAUUGUUUUGUUAGCCCAUUACGUAAAUCACAUUUGGAUAAGUUUAAACCAAUUGUGAUUCUUUCACCAACAAGACCUACAACAAGUCAAUGGAAAAUUUUAAGUCAAUUUGAUCAAGUAUAUUUUGUUCAAGGAAAUCCAAUGACACGAGAAGGUCUUGAACUUGGCAGAGUUAGAUUUGCAAAACAAGCUGUGAAUGGAGAAAAGACUGAAGACGCACCAGCGAUGUUGGUUUACUUGAACAUUAAGGCAAUGUCUAUCGAGGAAGACAUAGAUGUGAUUGUAGAGUUUGUACAUACGAACAACAUGAAGUUCGUUUCAGAAGACACGUCAGCAGUCAUUGAUAAGAAUAUUAAUGCUUUCAUGGCAGGAACUUGUUUUUCUUUAUCCAUGUUGGAUAGCAUAAUAUGUCAAUCAUUCUAUCAACCACAUCUAGUUGCUAUCAUUAACCAAUUACUUUUUGGAGCUCCUCCACUUCAACUUUCUUCAGGUACAACUUGUUCUGCGCCCGCUCAUUCACACAUUUUUCAAAUUCCUGUCCCCGUAAGAUUUAUAGGUUCACAAUAUGGAUCAAUGUUUCAUUUCUUAUUGGGCGAGAAAAGAGCUAUUCCUUUGGGUCUAUAUCGUACCAAUAAAUUUAUAACACCAAAUGGUAAAACCAAAUAUUCUAAAUAUGUAUAUACUUGUCCCAGAUAUAAUGUAAUGUUGAGAGAUGAUGAUAAAGUUUUUGUGUUGAGUAAACAAAUUCCAUCUAUAUUGUAA